AUGUACACGGUUAAAUGUUUUAGUAGCAUAAACGAGAAUGCAGCAUUUAUCAAUAACAAGGACAUCGAGCGGAGUGAUAAUAAUAAUAAUAAUAAUAAUAAUAAUAAUAAUAAUAAUAAUAAUAAUAGAAGUAUUAAUAGCAAUAGUAAUAACACUAAUAGCAGUAAUAGCAGGGAUAGUGUAGACUACAAUAGUACGCAAAUAAUUGAAAAGUACCAACACCUGUUAAAAAGGAAAAAAAUCAAGGGAGGAAAGGAGGACCCCAAGUAUGGUUAUAAGGAGAGGGAUAUGUGCGAAGAGGUAGGAAAUGAAGGAACGAAAAUAGCUCCAAGGAAGAUAAAUGAUUGUGAAGGAGGAAAUAAGGCUAACGUUGGAAGUGCAAAUAAAUGCGUUCUGUUGAACGAAGAGAGUGACAAGAGCGGAAGCAGCAUAAGAAGCAGUUCUGGUAGUAGCGAGCUGACCAGCGGCAAGGAUGAAAAGUACGUUAUCUUGAAAAAGCAGAUUACUAAGGAAUUUAUUUAUGAAGUAUUUUUACCCCAUGUGGAAUCUCAAAUAAUAUAUCACUUGAAAACGUAUACACCGGAUCAAAUAGUAAAUAUUUUUCAUAUUUAUUCUUAUUUGUAUUAUUAUGAUAAAAAGAAAGAGAUGGUAGAUCAACUUAUAGAAUACUUGAUAUAUAGACUGGAUUGUUUCAGUGUAGAAAAUGUGUUGUUAGUUUUGGAGCCUUUAUAUAUAUUGAACAAAAAUAGGAAUAUGUAUAUAUAUAGAUUAAUUAUAAAUUAUAUAGAAAAAAUUAAAGAAAAAUUAAAUAUAUACAAUUAUAUUGGUAUAUCAAGAGUAUAUACAAAAGUGUUAAUCGAUCUUUACCUUGAAGAGAUUAACAGAGCAAAUUUUUUUUUAUCAGAUAUACUACAAUAUUUAAGGCAAGGAAAAUUUCGAAAAAGUAUUCCCUCUAAUCAGAGAAAUAUAUCACAUAAAGAUUUUAUUAUCCAUUUUAUGAUACAAGUAAUUGAAAAGGUGGAUGAAGAAUUACAUUUAUUAUCGGCCAUUGAACUAACUGAUAUACUAAGUGUUAUUUCGAAUUAUUCUUUUAGAAAUAAUUAUUCCAAAUAUGAUAUAUCUCUACAAGUAAACAAUAGAAAGGAUGUUUAUUCAAUGCAUCAUACACCUUCAGAAAACUAUUCAAAUGAUUGCAACUCAGUUGAAGUAUUACAAGUACAUGACUUAUCACCUACAAAUGCAUAUUUAUUUAAAGAAAAUAUUGUGUCCUUUAUAAUUAUAAAAGAAAUGGUAAAAAAAUAUGAACACUUAAGCACUUUACAUAAAAUUAUCAAUUUUUACAACUUAUCAAAAUUAUGUAUAUAUGAUGACGAAUUUAUUCAUUUAAUGGAAAAGGAUUUAAACAACUAUCAUUAUGUAAAUAAUAUACAUCAUAAGUAUUUAGCCUUAUUAAUUUGGUGUUUGCACAAAUAUAAAAUUUUACAUAAACAUAUUGAGAAAUUAAAACCUAUUAUUAUUCAAAAUAUUUUUAAUUUUAAUGCUAAAGGUUUUUCAAGAUUAUGUCAUGCUAUAUAUUAUGAAAAAGAAAUUUUACAUAAAAUAGCUAUCAAUUUAAUGAACAAAAUUGAAAAAAUGAAUAUUAAUGAAUUCUUAUGUUACUUCUAUUCAGUUAUCCUGCUCGACUUAUUACCCCUUUCACUUUCAUCUCGUGUGCCUUUUCGAAAUGGCAAGGAGAAAUGCAGUCAUGACUAUACACCCACUCUGAGUGAACAACAAAGCGAGUUGGCGAAAAAAAAGUGCAGCAAAAGGAAGCAGAUCGGAAAGAAGCAGAGUGAAAUGAACCAGAGCGAAAUGAACCAGAGCGAAAUGAACCAGGGCGAAAUGAACCAGAGCGAAAUGAACCAGAGAGAAAUGAACCAAAGCGAAAUGAACCAAAGCGAAAUGAACCAGAGCAAAAUGAACCAGAGCGAAAUGAACCAGAGCGAAAUGAACCAGAGAGAAAUGGACCAAAGCGAAAUGAACCAGAGCGAAAUGAACCAAAGCGAAAUGAACCAGAGCGAAAUGAACCAAAGCGAAAUGAACCAAAGCGAAAUGAACCAAAGCGAAAUAAGGCAGAGUGAGAAAAUCAUCCCCGAUCAUUUAGUGCUACUUAAUAAAAGUCGUAUACUACAAAAUUGCAUAAAAUUCAUUAACGAUAAUAAAAAGGACAUAAGUAAGGAAGAAAUGACGAAAAUUGUUUUACUUUUAAAGAAAAAGAAACAUGAAAAAUAUUUAUACGUGUUAGGCAUGUUACCAGAGGAAUGGAAAACGCUUAUCCAUUUGAUAAAUUAG